AUGGACGUGCCUGCUCUGGGCGCGGCUGAGGAGCCGCUGCUGGUGUCCAACUGCCUGGCGCUGGCCGACUCGCAGUGGCUCAGUCGCCGCGCGUCCGCGUCAGGCCGGGGGGACGUACGCCGCCUCGCGCCCCUCGUCAGGCUGAACCGCGGCACCAAGCUCCGCAGGACUCGAUGGGGCGCCAAGGCAGGCCGCAGGGCCCCCGCGGGGCAGUGCGGCAUGUACCGCGUGCUUGGGCCGCGCCCCGAGAUGCUGUUCCUGGUGGAAUUCCAGUACGAGAGCCUGGACGACGAGGACAAGCACCUCCACUGCGACUGGGGCCGCCUCACGUCCGUCAACCUGGCCGGCCGCUGCAUCAAAGUUCUCGGAGAGUUGCCUCUGCUGCCCUGCGUGUCUCACUUGGACCUGUCCUACAACCAACUGGCGUCACUGGGGUCCCUGUACGCCUUCCCCAACCUGCGCAGCCUCAACCUGGCCUUCAACAACUUCGUGACGUUGGUCAACAUGAGGAGCCUGCCCGCCCUGGAGAGCCUGAACCUGUCCUGGAACAACAUCCGCAACCUGCUGGUGGUGCUCAAGAGCCUGAACAAGCACGCCGCGGCGCUGCGGUGCCUGCAGGUGUGCCACAACCCCGUGGAGGACGUGCUGGUGGGCGCGCACGGCCGCCACCUCGCGGCGCGCUACCUGCCCAGGCUGGCGGCGCUGGACGGCGAGCCCGUGCACCUGGACGCGUCGCGAAACACCCUCGAGACCCUGCCCAUGGCGUGCCUGCAACUGUGCCCCGGCCUGCAGCGCGUCGACCUCAGCAGGAACUACCUGCGCGCCUUCCCACUGCUGUCCGGCAGGCCCAUGCACCACCUCGUCUUCCUGGACCUGUCGUGCAACCAGCUCUCGUCUCUGUGCGGCGUGGAGGAGAUGACGGUUUUGCGCGAGCUGUACCUCGCCAACAACCACAUCGGCGCGUUGCAGGACCUGCAGCCCUUGCGCAAGCUGCAGCGCCUCUGCGUGCUGGAUUUGACGGGCAACGCCGUCAGCGAAGACGCCAACUUCAAGAAGUUCGUCGUGUUCCACCUUCGCAGCCUAGAGUGCGUCAACGGCCAGGAGGUGGUCGACGGCGACCUGGUGGCGGCCAGGGAGACGUUCGGCGGCUGCCUGGACCGCGACGCGCUGCUCACUCAGUACACGUGGAGGGACCUGACGCACCUGGUGGAGCUGCACCUCCCCGGCGCCUCGCUACGACAGGUGGACUUGCCGGGGACGCUGCUCCCCAACCUCGAGGUGCUCGACUUGAGCCACAACGGCCUCUGCUGCCUGUGGGGACUGCAGCACCUGCCUCGCCUGGCCAUGCUCGACCUUGGCCACAACCAGGUGCGCUCGCUGCGCGGCCCCGAGAGGCCGGGGUGUUCCGGGGACUGCGACGCGGACGACGGGGAGGUGUUCCCCUCGCUGCACACUCUGUACCUGGACCACAACGGGCUGACCAGUCUGCAGUCGCUAGGCCUGGGCAGCGCGACCCGCCUGCGCACCCUGUUCCUGCAGCACAACCAGCUGGACAGUGUGGCAGAUCUCGGCCACGGCGACCUGAGGGGCCUCGUCUUGGACGGCAACCACCUGGACGGGGCCGCGCUCCUGGAGGCGGGUCGGGCGGGCCUGCUGCUGCACGUGCGCGACCUCCACCUCGACGGCAACCACGUGCACGGCCCGCGCGGCCUCGACUUCCUCGCGCGCACCGGCAGCCUGGCGCGUCUGUUCGUCGCCAAGAACAAGCUUGCGGAGCCCGCCGACCUGGAGCCCCUGCGCCAGGUGCCCCGGCUGCGCGAGCUGUGCCUGCUGGGCAACCCCGUGUGCCUGCGACCGCGGCACUUCGCCCACGUGAGAGAGCUGCUGCCGGACCUGGCCGUCCUCGACGGGCACCCUCUCGGUCACCCUCUGGACCCGCAGCGCUACCUCUGCACCGCCGCCCCCGCGUCGCCCUCCCUCCAGCCCCUCGCCACCUCGCCCUUCGCCGUGACGCCCGUCCUGCCCGUCCCCCCCGUCCCCGUCGGCUAG